AUGGCGACAGCUGGGAGUAGAAUUUUCAAUAUUAUUCGGUCUUCAGGGGCGAAUUUGCGUAGAUUGUCGUCAAGUUAUCCGCAAAAGAGAUUCCUUAAAGCUUCGCUGGUAGGGACCGGUGCGUUAUGUGCAGGUGCCGGGGCGUUGGUGAUAUACAUCUGCAGAGAUAUCGUACGAAACCCACCGAAACUACCGGCGGUAUUGGCGAAAGAAAAGGAGAAGGACACCAAGGAGCAGGAUGAUACUCUCACUCCGCAUCUCUCAAAAAAAGAGGAGAGGUUCCAGGAGUUUGCUUCCUGUGAAUAUGAUGGUCAAAUGUUUAUGACACCUCAGGAUUUCCUAGAGUCAGUCACACAGGAAGAGCCUAGAGCUCGUAUUGGCAGAGUUCGUUUAACAGAGAAGGAAGUGACCAAGAUGUUACACAGCACACCGACUAAACGCAAGGCAUCAUCUAAAUUAUUUAGACAGUUAAAUGAUAAAGAAAUUUUGGCUUUAGAAAUUAUGUUGCCUCAAAAUACUGAAUUCAAUGAAUUCAACCACUGUUUAGAUAUAUGCAAAUUUAAAAUAAAAGGUUGUAGUUAUUCAGCUGUACAUGUAGCUUCUACUCUUUGCAACAAGUGUGUUACACUGAGGAUAGAAACUCCUAUAUGCAGAAGGGCUGCAACCCUUCCUGACUGGACACUGACAAGUGAACAGCAAGUAAAAUCUGUAUUAGAAGCUGCGUCUUCUAUUAAAUGCAACAGAGGGGAUGUGAGACCCUGA